GUAUACACUUGUUAUUUUGGCUGUGCGGGGUUCAAGUUGUGGUACAUUUACCAUACAUCGUUCCGUACCCUCUUGAGUUACUGUAUAGAGCACAAUUUUACUCUUACAACUCGUAGGAGAUGGUGUCAACAAUCGCCGCGGCAACAAACGCUGCACAGAGGUUAGAGCUAUGGAAAUACAAACCUACAUUGGCUCAAUUAUCCGGGUCAGACCUUGGUAAAUGGGUGGAUAAGGCCGCUCCUCUGCGAGAGGCUAUAAAAGACGAGCUUCAAGGGAUAAAAGCCAUGGUAGGAGGUGAACUUCAGGAGAUGAAAGCCACGGUAGGAAGUGACCUUCAAGGUAUGAAAGCCACAGUAGGAGAAGCGUUUUCAGAUGUACGGGCCCUCGAACUCAAAGAUAUCAAAAAAUUCCACGACGAACAUCCCGCUCUUGCGAUCUCUGGUGGUAUCGCCCUUACAGUAGUUGGAAGCGCGAUUGUUCUCCCCACGGUUGGUUUAAUGGUUGCGAACGCAGCUGGCUUCAGUGCCGCAGGGCCAGUUGGAGGCUCAAUUGCCGCUGGGGUUCAAUCGUCUGUAUACGGUGCCGCCACAUGUGGUGCUUUCUCCGCAGUACAAUCGUUUGCAAUGACAGCUGCGCCAGCAGCAGGCCCUGUUCUUGCUGGCGGAGCUCUGACUGCUCUUGGAGGUAUGAGGAUUCUGGGAAAGAGGCUGGUGGGAGACAAGACCAAGGCUUAGACUUGCCAGCGAGUUUCUGGUAGAUGUUACAGUAUGAUCCACCUAUUCAUUUGCGUAGAUAAUUGUUUACUUUGCAAUAUGAAUCUCAUUGACUUC